AUAUAACAAAGAACAAUGCGAGGACUCGCUGCGUUCCAGCAGUAAAGGGCGCUAACUGAAGUAACGGUAACGACUCCAGAGAAUACUUACUAAUCUUAAGAAUAUGAAGAAAUGUUAUCAUAUGAAACUGCAAGAGGGUGGUCAACAAUUCAAUUUAUUUCAUGCAGCUCUCGCUUUAUAGACGUUAUAGAGAUCAUUUCAGAUUUCUGCAACCAGAAAGUUGGAUCUGUCUGAUUUAGCAGUGCAGUGUUGUCCUGUAUGUGUUGUAACUGAACCUAUCGGCUGUAGUUGUUUUCCUCCGUUUGUCCCAGUUUUCCAGACCGGAAUGAAACGGUUUUAAUGUGUAGUGUAUGCUUGGACUGGGUGUGUGAGCGUGUGCAUGGGCGUCACCCGGAACAGAAUUAUGUGUAGAUAUAUUAUCUGAACAGUGUGUGAAAUCUAAAUUUAAUGUAUAUUAUUUCUGAAAACCACUGUAUGCUUACCAAUGUACUUUACAGAAGCGAAGGAAAAAAAGUGUCCUUAAAUUUGGAAUAGAGCCCAAAAAUAUAUAUUCUCAUAAUGUUGCUGUUCUUACCUAGUUCGUGAUAGCUCCCUAUAUUUCUAAAAGCAUGGCAUCUGAGCGGGAAGCAGUAUUCUUGGUGCCCUUGCCAAGGAAUGCCUACACAUCCCUCAAGGCAACAUGGGGACUUGGGAACCAACUGUUUACUUAUGCCUCCAGCAAAAUGCCUCCAACAGAAUCAGCUACAUCAGGAAGAUAUGGGGAAAGUUCGAACAUUUUGGAUGUCAGGUGGAGUGUAGAUAUGUAUGGUCCUGUCACCAGAAAGCUGGUAAAUGAAUCCCACAGUAUAUUUGUGACACUUCAAGGUCAAGUCACGAGUCUGACUGGACCAGCUCUCCAUGCUCAGAUCAAGAAGGCCAGCAAAAAAUACCGAUCAGUUUUGAAAGCAUGUAGCUUGGAGCUGCUUCAUAAACUGAAUAUGUGUGAGGCACAGGAAGAAAGUAAAAAAAGGUAUUUUGAGGAUAAUCUGCAGUUGCUUGAGAUGAUGCAGCUUGUGUGGAACCUCUGUGAGAUUCUCUAUAUCGACAUUUCUCCAGGUGAAAUGGUUCUUACUCAGUUAUUGGACUGGCUAAGGUGGCAUUUUCCUGGGGUUCAUCAGCUUGCUCAAGACGUCCUGAAUGAUGAUCAGCCAGAUAGUAAUAAUAAUUACUGGGAAGCUGUCUAUAGACUGCUUCUGCAGGGUGAGAUAGAGAGUGUGCAGAAGCUGCUUUCACUUCAUUCGUCCAGCCAGACAGCACCCUUUUUGAGUGUUGAGGAACUUUUGAGGAAGAUGCCCCAAUGGGGGAAAUUCCACUCGAUAUCUCUGGCUGAAUUUGGAAUGAAGUGGCGCUAUUGGCAAGAGGAGUGUGUGCGACGAUAUGAAGAUGGGCAGUUUAGUGCCUUCAGAGACCUAGAGACCGUUGUUCAGAUCCUGUGUGGAGAGGUUCAAGUGUUUUCAGAGCUUCGGGAAAUGUGUGGCACGUGGUAUCACUUUCUCAUUUCUCGUCUGCUGUACCAGAACCCUACCAUAACCCCUGCUGAUCUUGGAUAUCAUGUUCAGGCUUGCAUAGAAGAGUUUCAGCGGGCAGGACAACGCAUGGGUGACAUUGACAAAAUCCUGCAGGCUGCACUCGAAUUUGACCUUCACCAGGUCAUUAAAGACAGCAGUACUUUCCUCAGCAGCAGAAACUGGUGGUUUGGGGCACAUCUUACAGAUAUCCUUCAUCACUGUGGACAGAUUGACUCUCAGACACUUGCAUUUGGAUCAAACCUGCGUGAAUACUUGCUGCUGGAGUAUGCAUCAGGCUUGAUGUCUCAUCAUAGUUUAUGGCAAGUUGGAGUGGAGUACCUAGAUUUUUGUCAUGUCUUUGGAAAAGAACAUCUGAAACUAUUUAUUGAGAAUAUUCCUCUUGAUACAGAACGGAAAGCACUUAAGCUUCUUCACAUCUGCCAAGAAAGAGAUCUACAAAAACAAGCCCAGAGCAUCUGCAAAGUGAUGGGAAUGCGCUGCUCUCAUGAUGGCAGGCUUGGGUCUGCCUUGACCUGGUUUCUGCGAUCCAAAGAUGUUCCUGCAGCAACACAUGUGACAGAAAAAUUCUUGGAGCAGUACAAGGAGAAUGGAAGCUUUUCUGACACAGACCUCCUGGACCAUCUAGGGCCCGUCAUGCUGCUUACCAGCCAGCUUACCUUUCUUGGCAAAUACAGAGAGUUUCAUAGAUUGUAUCAAGAAAAAGACUUGAAGAGUGCUGCCUCUCUUCUUCUGUCUCUCCUGACUGCCCGUGUAGCUCCUAGGCAUUUCUGGGUUACACUCCUGAUGGAUGCUCUCCCUUUUCUAGAAACUCCACAGUUAAUCCUCAGCACCAUGCAGACAUAUGAGAUGAUGCAUUGCCUGGAGGAGCUUACACAAGAACUGAUAAGGCCUUCCUCCUCCACAUCAGUGACUGCAGCUCAUAGAAGUUCAAAUGCAAGCACAGCAGUAGCCACUGCUGAGCAGGAACAGCCCAUUUCUCAAACAGAUUUAGAAAAGCUUAAAUUCCUGAGGCUGGCCCUAAGUCGAAAUCUGUCAAGAGCAAUUGUUCAGGAGGGCACCAUUACUCCAACCUGAUAAAAAACUGAAUGUGUUCUAGCAGCAGAACAAAUGGCAGCAAAGACACAAACAUUACAAUGUGAGAAUGAGUGUGUAUGAUACAUCCUCUAAUCAUGCAGAAACAUUUGUACAGUGUUGUAAAAUUCGGGUGAUUUAGUGCUAAACUUGAUACUGAUGGAGUUAAAUAAAGAUCAUUUUUAAAGAAA